AGAGAGCGCUGGUGGCCGGGCGGGCCGCCCUGCAGCCGCAGGUGGGGCCUGGAGCGGCAGCGGCGGCGGCGGGACCCAGCCGAGAAGCCCCGCGCCGGGAGCCGCCAGGAUGCCGGGCGGGGACUCGGAACAGGUGCGCUAUUGCGCGCACUUCUCUUAUCUGUGGCUCAAGUUCUCACUCAUCAUCUACUCCACCGUGUUCUGGCUGAUCGGGGGUUUGGUCCUAUCUGUGGGGAUCUACGCGGAGGUUGAGCGACAGAAGUACAAAACACUGGAAAGUGCCUUCCUGGCUCCGGCCAUCAUCCUCAUCCUCCUUGGAGUCGUCAUGUUCAUCGUCUCCUUUAUUGGGGUGCUGGCUUCCCUCCGGGACAACCUGUGCCUUCUCCAAGCGUUUAUGUACGUCCUUGGCAUCUGCCUCAUAAUGGAACUCAUUGGUGGCGUAGUGGCCUUGAUCUUCCGGAACCAGACCAUUGACUUCCUCAAUGAGAACAUUCGAAGAGGAAUUGAGAACUACUAUGAUGAUCUGGACUUCAAAAACAUCAUGGACUUCGUUCAGAAGCAGUUCAAGUGCUGCGGCGGGGAGGACUACCGAGACUGGAGCAAAAACCAGUACCAUGACUGCAGCGCCCCUGGACCCCUGGCCUGUGGGGUGCCCUACACCUGCUGCCUCAGGAACAAGACAGAUGUCAUCAACACCAUGUGUGGCUACAAAACCAUUGACAAGGAGCGCCUCAGUGUGCAGAACGUGAUCCACGUGCGCGGAUGCACAAACGCCGUGCUCAUCUGGUUCAUGGACAACUACACCAUCAUGGCGGGCCUCCUGCUAGGCAUCCUGCUCCCCCAGUUCCUGGGGGUGCUGCUGACACUCCUCUACAUCACCCGAGUGGAGGACAUCAUCAGGGAAUACUCUGUCACCGAUGGGCUCCUGGGCCCUGGCGCCAAGCCUGGUGUGGAGGCCUCGGGCACCGGAUGCUGCUUGUGCUACCCCAGCUAGGGCAUGGACUGGGACAGUGGCUCCAGAAGGACCUGGAAGGACAGCACCUCCCAGUCCACUGCAGCUGGACAGGACCACGCUGAGGCCCCUCUGCCCUACCACAGACCAAGGCCCAGGCCGGAUGCACCUGUGUGAGAUGACCCACAGCGGGCAGUCUGAGUCUCCCAACAGGGAUGCUUCUUGGGUCCACACUGCAAGGCCUUGGAAACAAGGGUGUCCCUGCCCCCCGGGCCUGGGCCCCAGGGAAGGGUUGCUCAGGGCUCAGCUCAGCCCAUUUUCUUUCUGGUAGUGCCUUGACUGGUAGUUGUGUUCCUUUUGGGGACAGUUUUGCAGUGAUUUAUUAAGUAGGGGUUGGGGGAGAGUGUGUUUGGCCCAUGGGUCCAGAAGGCCAGGGUGCAGCCCCUGGCCCCCCAGAACCCCAGCCACACCUGCGACCAGGUUGGACCAUUUCUCAGCCUCCUAGGUGCCUUGAGCCCUCUUCCAGGUCUGCUGUUUUGAUGACCUAUUUUCUAUACAAGUUUUGUAACAUUCAUGUUUUAUACACAAUAACAGGGGUUUGGGGUAGCUCAAAACUGGACAGUUCUCUCCAUGCCCCACUUCUGCCUGUCCCUCCAAGUCAGCUCACUAAA